AUGUCAAGCUCACAGUCCCUCACCGAGACCCCAUCUUCGCCCCGCGGUGGAUCUACCAAUCGAGGCAAUCGGUCAAACCGACGGAAUAGCAGCACAUCACAAAACUCCGCCGACAAUCGUGGUCGAGGAACUGGACCCAGAGGUUCUCGGGGUCAAAGAGGCGGGAGGGGGAGAAGCCAGGGCCAUGGACAUGGACUGGGACAGGAGAACGCGCCUUCUACAAUUUCUCUUCCUUCAGAAUCCACAGCAGAGAGUAGCUCAGGGCGGCCACCCGGGGGCAGCUUCGGUGCUCGCCUGACCGGAGCUGCCUCAAAAUCCGAAGGCGACUCAAAAGGCUCUCAACCACAAGAAGACGAAGCGCAGUCGGCAGUUGAGGAUAAAGAGCUGUGUUUCAUAUGUGCCAGUCCCAUUGAGCACGUUUCGAUUUCACCCUGCAAUCACCAAACGUGCCACAUCUGCUCCUUGAGGUUGAGGGCAUUGUACAAGACACGGGCCUGUGCUCACUGUCGGACAGAAGCACCGUUUGUGAUCUUUACCGACAAUGCGGAGAAACGGUUCGACGAAUUCGAUGACGAAGACUUUGUCAAGAUUGAUGAGAAUCUGGGUAUCAAAUAUGAGAAAGAUGUUAUUUGGGAAGAUACGCGUCUGCUUCUUCGAUAUAACUGCCCAGACAAGGACUGUGAGGUUGCAUGUCUCGGAUGGCCCGAUCUACACCGCCAUGUCAAAACCAAGCAUGGGAAAAUAAUGUGCGAUUUAUGUACGAGAAACAAGAAGGUUUUCACGCAUGAGCACGAGCUGUUUACUUUCGGGGAACUUCGACGACAUGAGCGAUUCGGAGACGACAAUCCGGGAGCAAUAGACCAGUCUGGCUUCAAAGGACAUCCCGAGUGCGGCUUCUGCAAACAGAGAUUCUACGGAGACGAUGAGCUUUACAACCAUUGCCGAGAGAAACACGAGAAAUGCCACAUUUGCGACAGACGGAAUGGAGGCAGAAAUCCGCAGUAUUACCUCAACUAUCAAGAACUGGAAAAGCAUUUUGCAGAAACCCACUUUGUCUGCAUGGACGCUGAGUGUCAGGCAAACAAGACCAAUGUAUUCGAAUCAGAAAUGGACCUCAAAGCGCAUCAAUUGUCUGAGCAUCCAAACGGGCUCUCGAAAGACGCCCGCAGAGAUGCACGCCUUGUCAAUCUUUCUGGCUUUGAUAUUCGAGCUCCAUAUCAACCUCAGCGACGGGGUGGCCGUGAGAACAGAGGCAGUGGCAGAGGCCGGGAUCCGAAUGCUGAACCGUUGCCUCUGUCAAGUGCUCAGCCUCUUGGGCGUGCGGAGCUGGCAUAUCAAAGACAACUCGCAAUUCAGAGUUCCCAGUCGGUAUCGACCAGGACUUUUGGAGGACAACUUACACAAUCCGUCCCUGCGCCCCAUCCGCAGCCCGCCACCGCACCAUCAACUCAAGAAUUACCGGCCGUCGAAAACAUCAGUCUCGAGUCCCCAACUCAGUCAACUGUAAACAUGACACCUCAGGAACAGGCGCGGGCCCUAAGACACCAAGCCGUGACUAACCGCGCCGUUACGCUCUUGAAGAACGACAAGACCAAAUUGUCACAAUUUCGUACCCAUGUUUCCGCUUAUCGUAGCGGAACCAGCUCCGCAACCGAUCUCAUUGACGCUUUCUUCUCACUUUUGGACUGUUCCAGUGCUGAAAUGGGCAAAUUGGUCCGUGAACUGGCAGAUUUGUAUGAGGACGAGCCUAAACGUCAAUCCCUGCUCCAAGCGUGGAAUGACUGGCGCAGCAUCAAUGAAGAUUAUCCCAGCCUCCCCGGACCAAGUGGAACAUUGCCAGGUGUAUCGAGUGGGACAGCAGGCUCAAGUGGUGACCGGCGAGUCUUGACUCUGAAGAGAAGUACGGCGCAGUCAUCCCGAUCAGCUGUAUCGAGACAAGGCUCAUGGGGCAAUGCUCUCGCAAUCGGCAUGAGCCAAGACCCAUUUCCGGCACUGUCCUCGACAAAUGCCAGUUCUCGCAAACAAGGGACGGCCAUAGCGGCACCUGCUCCCUGGGGGAAUACUACGGCACCUCAAGUCACCAAGACAACAAUCAGCAACGCACCCGUUUCCCGACCCACGCCAAAGACAGCAUCAACACUUCGUCAAGCAACCCGCAGUAGUCCACCUCCAAGACAGACCGAAGAGAUGUUCCCAGCUCUCCCGACUGCGCCAAAACCCAACACCACAAUGGCAGGCUUCAACACCCGGGGUUCUGGCCGCUGGCUAGGCUCUAGCCGCAACUCCCCGUCAGGAUCGGGGACUACCACCCCAGUGAAUCCCUGGGGAAAUGGCGGACUGACACCGACACCGGCGCAGGCUGCUGUCGCUACCGCGCCUCCUGUUGGAGGCGUGGGCGCCCCAAGCGACAAUGGCGCGAUCGAAAGCGGUGAGGGAACCGUAGGAAGAAAGAAGGGCAAGAAGUCGAGAAAGGGCGAGACUUUGUUCCAUUUCGGAUAA